CGUACGCACUUAAAUCGAUCAUCCUAGGCUUAGAUUUUAAUCCGACUGAAUAAAUAGAAGGGAAUAUUAGCCAAUCGAACGUUUCGUCUCGAUCGUUGUUCUUUAAAUUUGAAAUAAAAAACAAUGGAAUAAUCGUAAUCGAUUGAUCGAUCGUACUAAUCUCUUGCAAGUAUUGAGGUUAUUUAAACGAAAUGGGUAGAGACGUUAUCAAAGUUUUUGCUAGAUUAAAACCUGAAGCAAACCGUGAAAAUCUUACGAAAUAUCGUAUACUUCGCCGACCAAAGGAUCACAGCAAAGAAGAUUUCUUGGUGUUGCUGGCGCCUUUUAAGGACGACGAGUAUGUCGAUCAUCGUCCUGAAUCGUGGAAAUUUUCGUUUUACCGUAUCAUCGAGGAAGAGGCGAAUCAGCAAGAUGUCUUUGAGGACGUCGGUCGGCCUGUGAUCGAGAGUGUCCUCGAUGGUUACAAUGGUACCGUCUUCGCUUAUGGCCAGACAGGCAGUGGCAAGACCUAUACGAUAACGGGUAAAGUUUCAAGUAGCAAUAGCCAAGGUAUCGUACCAAGAACCUUGAGUUACCUCUUCGACGUCAUUAAGAUGCAUCCGGAAAACGUUUAUUCCGUGGACGUGGCUUAUCUGGAGAUCUACAACGAAUACGGUUACGAUUUGCUCGAUCGAAAGCAGCAGCAGCAGCAGCAGCAGCAGCAGGUGCAGCAGGCUAUGCGUUUGGAGGAUUUACCACGCGUCAGCAUCCAGGAGGACGAAAAGGGAAAACUGCGUCUGAAGAAUCUGACCUUCCACAAUGUAAAGAGCGAAGACCAGGCGAUGGAGUUGUUCCUUAUCGGCGAUUCUCGUCGCGUUACAGCCGACACUCCUACGAAUCCGCAGUCAUCGAGAUCUCAUUGUAUCUUUACCAUCGUCGUAUCGAUAAAGCAGCUUGGAGCUAAUCGUUACAAGAGAGCCAAAAUGCAUUUGGUCGAUCUAGCAGGAUCCGAACGAGUUUACAAAUGCGCGAUCAGUGGCACCGUUUUGUCAGAGGCGAAACAUAUUAACUUGAGCUUACAUUAUUUGGAACAAGUUAUAGUGUGUUUGAAUCAGGAAAAUUCUAGUCACAUACCUUACAGAAAUUGUUUGCUAACUGCUAUUUUAAGAGACAGCCUCGGUGGAAAUUGCAUGACGACGAUGCUGGCUACCUUGAGUGUAUCUUCCGUCAAUGUUCAGGAAACGAUAUCGACUUGCAGAUUUGCUCAAAGAGUCGCUUUAGUUAGGAACGAUGCUAGAUUGAUGUUGGAGCACGAUCUGAACAGUGAAAAUACGCUUUUGAAAUUGGAGAACGAGAAGCUGCGGAAACAAAUCGAGGAGUUAAUAAAGCAGAACGAAAAUUUCAAAAGUAUGCUGUCUUUGCGAGAAAACAGAAACGAUUUCGAAAAGAGAUUGGAUUAUUACAAAAACUUAGUGACUCAACGAGAUCAAGAAAUUUCUGUGCUACUGGGUUCGCUGAGAAAAGCCAGAGAUAAGAAGAAUCGCGUGGAAGUAGACAGUAACGACGUGGAGGUACGAUCUAAAUCGAAAGCCAAAGCGAAAGAAAGUACAGCCGAACGUUUGUCGAAGACGACAAAAUUACUCGAAGUUAUAAAAAAAUCCGAGCUUGGAAACGGCAUGGAAUUAAAGGAAACAGAUUCCGAUGCAUUAUGCAAACCAGAAAUGAAUUUAUCGCAAAGAAAAUUUGUUGAAGAAGGAGAAAUCGAAAAAUCGAAAAUUGAACGAAACGUUGAAAACGAAGAUAUUGCUCGUAACGGGGAAAACGAGCGCGUUUCGUCGAAGAAAAGGAUUUCGUUAAAAAAAUCGUUAGGCUCGAAUGGCGGUGUAGAAAUCGAUCCUUGUAAAGAUAAUAGAUCGAAAUUAGAGGAGGGAUCAGAGACGAAAAGAAUCGAUAAAAGUUUACACGACGAUUCAAUUUAUUCGGCUAAUUUAUCUUCGAACAGGGCUAUGACCAAUAAAUUUCCUGAUUUAAUAAUAAACGAUGCUCUCGUCAACUGUCCCGUAGCAAUGACCAAUGAUCGAUUGGAAACGCAACGUUUGCAAAAGAUUAUAAUGUGCAAUAAAGUCGAUAACGAUUUCGAGAAAAAUUUGCCAUUGACGGGUGAUCCAGAGAUCGACGAAGAGAUCAUCGCAUUUUAUAAGGCCAAACGUUCCGGUGGAAUUUAUUAAUAGUUUUAAACAU